AUGCGGACAGCUAUCCCGACAAUCUCAGCCACCCACACCCCACUAUGGAGGGAGCGAGACCUCCGUCGCACACGCGUUCCCUCGGUCGGACAGCAGGAAUGCGGAAACAUCAAAGGCCCAUGCAUGUGCGUGAGAGGCAACCCGCUAGCCAGCACAUGCGCGCUGCACGACGACGUGACGGGCUAUCAGGAAGCACAAGACAGCCGCAACCACAGCCCGGCCGCCAUCGUCGAGCACGUUGCACCAAAUAAUAAGCGGAGGAGGAUGUCGGAUAUUCUGUCCCAGCAGCAGCAAGCGAAGAGGGCGCACCGGUCCGAUAUUCGCCUUGGGGAAGCAGAGACGGCGCCAGCUGGUUUGGAUCUGCAACCGUCGACGUGGGGAUGUGGUGGUGGCCUGCAGCAGCAACUGCAGCAGCAGACUGUCGACCCGUCGAGCCUCGCGCUGCCCGUCGACGAGACGGCAGACCUCGACCCCGACCUGUGGUUCUCACAGCAGAUAUCCCACUUACUACAGAGCGAGAAACCUAAACCCCAGAACCAGCGCCUGGACAUCGCCCGGAGCAGGCGCAGUGCACCAUCAUCUUGGAGCUUCCCGGUUCCUGGGACUUUUCAGAUCGCAUGUCCAAUAUACAGCCGCAUGCGUAACGACGCAGGCAUGCUGUACCAGAAUGGCCUGUAA